UUUCCAGGCAGUUCAUUUGGCCCAGAACCACCUCCUUUAACGGAUCUUCUCAAGAAUAUUUUGCUGAGAUAUCCCGAUGGCGGUCAGAUAUUGAAGGAACUAAUUCAAAAUGCGGAUGACGCUGGUGCAAAUGAAGUGAAGAUCCUAUUUGAUGCUACGUCAUAUGGAACCGACUCCCUUGUUUCCCCUGAGUUGGCUUUAUUCCAAGGACCGGCUCUGUACUUCUACAACAACGCCAAGUUUGCGGACGAGGAUUGGAAAGGGCUGCAAAGUCUUAUGAGAAGUAACAAGGAAAAUAACUUGUUGAAAGUUGGUCGCUUUGGUAUUGGUUUCAAUUCUGUGUACCACAUCACAGACUUACCGAGUGUUGUCAGUGACAAAACCGUGGCAUUUCUAGAUCCACAUGAGAAGUAUUUUGGUCGUGGAGAACCAGGUCAAUCUUUUUCUACUGAGGACCCUUUACUAGCUGAACAUUUUAGCCAAUUCGAGCCUUUUCACCAGCUUUUCGACUGCAGACUAGAACAGGGAAGAUCUUAUGGAGGAACACUAUUUCGCUUUCCGUUGAGAAAUGAGCGAUCAAAACUGUCAAAUAAGAUCUACACGAGAGAAAUGGUCGAUAAUCUUUUCGAUUCAUUCAAGAAAGAAGCAGGUGCGAUUCUCCUCUUCUUAAAAAACGUCGACUCCGUAAGCUUGUACAAGCGAGAGCACCGUGGAAAAAUUUCUCAUCUUUAUACUGCCAAGGUUUCUGAACAGUCGAAGAUUGAAGUCAGGAAGAGAAGACAAGAAUUAAUCCAGGAUAUCACGGUGGAGUGGGAUUUUGCCGUGAAAACAAACUUCUUUCGUUUGGAGAUUGAAAGAGAAAGUCCCGGAAAACCUCCAGAAAAAAAUGAAUGGUUUUUAGCGAAUCAGGUUGGAACGAAUGAAAAGAAUCUAAUUAGGCUGGCAAGAGAUCUAAAGUUGUUACCUUGGAUUGGUAUCGCAUUUCCUCUUGAUGCGAACAACAACAUGUCUUCACUUGGAAGGAUAUUCUGUUUCCUUCCACUCCCCCCUGAUGGCGACUGUCGUACUGGACUGCCGGUGCAAGUGAAUGGUUACUUCGGACUAACAGACAACAGACGAGCUUUGAAAUGGCCUGGUCCUGAUUGCCAGAAUGAUGAGACAGCCGAGUGGAAUGAACUUCUGUUGCGUAAGGUGGGAAGUCAGGUGUAUGCAAAUUUGAUCACAAAUAUGGUACAAGAAAGAUCACAUUGUCUCACGCAGAACCUGCUCGCUAAAUUAGUAUACGACGCUUUGCCAGAUCUCAGCCGUGUUAGAGAAGACUGGAAAUGCAUCCUGCAACCGUUUUUCGGAACAGUAUUGGUGAAGGACAUAUUCCUGACAGCUCCGAGAGGAAUUUCUCGUUGGAUCAACCUUGGAGCUGCAAUUAUUGAUCGCCUGCACGAGUCCAAAGAUAUGAGAGAGGAAAUUAAGCGAGUUGUUCUAAAGACGUUGUUGGGAGCUGGCCAGCCAAUUGUUUCACUACCAGGACACGUUAUACAAAUUAUCGAUCAAUAUCAUCAGGUGUCAGGUUGGGGAAACGUUCAACAAGUUACCCCAGAUCUUCUGUGUAACGUCUUGCGCUCAAAUUCCAAUAUUUAUGACCUCGGAAUUUCUUUCCAAGACGGUUUGCUGGACCUGGAAUAUGCCUUGCAAACUCUUCCAAAAAAUAGCAAUAGUCUGCACGGAGUCCCUCUUCUGCCUUUGGAAAAUGGUCAGUUUAUAAAUUUCUCGAUCUUUUCGGACAGGAUCUACAUUUCAUCCGAGAAGCACAGUGUUGAUCUUCUACCCAACAUGAAGCAUCGUCUUCUAUAUCGCAACCUUUCUCAACCAUUGCAACAGAAGCUCAACGAACUUGGUUCUUCCGCAGUAACGCAGUUGCGUCACCCUACCUGUAAUGAUAUCAAGGAAUUACUCUGGGAAAACCUGCCUGAGGGUUGGUCGUGUAAUUAUUUUCCACAACUGGAAACCGUGACGUGGAAUCCGCAUACGGAAGGUCAUCCUUCUUUAGCUUGGCUAGAAUUGGUGUGGAAAUGGAUCAACGAGAAUUACCCAAGUAAUUUGAGCGAGUUUAACGGAAUGCCACUGAUUCCUUUGUCGAUCAGUUUACCUUCAUCCAUGGCCAGACUUCGCAAGAACUCGGCCAUUAUUGUCAGCGAACACCCACUGUGCAAUGAAAAACUUUCAGAAACCCUUUGUGAACUUCUGAAAAGAUCCAAUUGCAUCGUAGUUGAAAAUCUACCCUGCUUUGUGAGACAUUAUAAUAUAUUUCAAUAUAUUUCUCUUCCACGACCUGCAGGUAUUCUCCACGUCCUUUCCUUAGCACAAAAUAAGAUCGUUCAACAACUGGAUUUUACUGAGUCAAAUGCAUCUAAACGUGAACUCUGCCAAACUCUGUCGAGGCUGGAUCGCAUCGAUUCGACUCAAAACGCAUUCAUUCGUACGUUGCCAAUCUUUGAAGCAGUGGAUGGACGCCAUUUCCUGUCCUGCGAAUCGGAGCGAAACGAACCACGUCUUGUUGCACCGCGAAAUUUCGAUUUACCAGACGAAAUCCAAAUUAUUGACCGAGCAAAGAUCAUAUCUUCGUCCAAUGGGGCAAGCUAUCGUUUGUUGGAAAAACUGAACAUGCGAGCAGAGAGCACCGCAAGUUUGAUAAGAAAUCAUUUGGAAAUCUUCUUAAAGUCUAAAAAUAAGAAGCAAGUAAAAGACAAGCUUAUGCUUUGGAUCUUGGAUAAAAUAGACAUGUUAAAUAAAGAAAUGCCAAAUUUUGUCACGUUUAUCGCUCAACUGACUUGUAUUCCUACCGAUAGCGGGAAAUAUUUAGCCCCAAAUCAAUUGUUUGACAACUCUGACGGACUUCUAACGCAGUUGCUACGGUCGAACAACGACGCGUUUCCGACAAGCCUGUUUUUAGGGCCAAUACAAAGACGUAAAUAUGAGCUAAGAGUUCGAAGGAGAGAAGACCUCACUGCUCAUGAUAUUCAUAUGGUUGUGAACGGGAUGACAAACGUAAGUUUAGAACAAGGUAUUGCUGUUGUGGAGCUUUUAAACCAACGACCACAGUUACUUCGGGAAUACACUGAAGUUGGAAGGCCGUUGAAUGUUGUCUUACGCGAUUUGCCAUGGUUACCAAGAGUGUGUGAUCGUCCGAAGAACUAUCCUGAAUUGAUGCCGUGGUAUGAUGGAAUGAAGUUAUGUAAACCAAGCAACAUGUGUCCUGACUCGCUGGCAAUCCUAGUUGGAGCAACAGUGCCUGUUUUUAACAAAACAUGGGUCUCAAAUGAAGUUCAAGGACUGCUUGGUAUGUCAGAGGAAAAGAACGCGUUUCAAGAGGUCAUCGAACAGCUGAAUUUAGCCGUCGCCUCCUGGAAAAGGACAACACAGUUGUCAGUUGGAAAGUUUGAAGAAAUGAUCAAGAGUAUAUACAUGUACCUCGCCCGAGCACCCAAACACGCGAUGCAGCAAUUGUUACAGUCCAAAGGUUUAACUCGGUGGGUUUGGCAUGGAAAAGGUUUUACAUCACCUGAGAAAGUUGCUUUAGAAUCACCUUUUCCGAGAAGCAUCAACCUUAAUCCAAACUUUUACCGCCUUCCGAAUGAACUGUUCAAAGCGAAGGACUUUCUACUUUCACUUGGAGUGAAGCCACAGUUUAAUGUCGAUGAUCUGCUGGUUAUGCUGUCAAACAUAAAGGAAAAGCAUGAUAAUGAAAACGGACCACGUGAGGAUGCGAUGCAAGACUUAGAUCAAUGUCGUGCGGUGUUGGAGUGGAUUGUUAGAAGCUGUGGUGAGUUAUCAGAUGAACGUCGAUCAAAUCUUCUUAUUCCUGUCCAAACAGCCUCUGGAAAGCUUCAACUCGAGCCGUGUAACAAGUGCACUUACUGUGAUCGUGAAUUCCUAAGACGAGGUGCCUCUGAAUUUGAAGUCUCCACGAAGUCAUUUCUCAUUCAUAAAGCAAUUCCUGAUGAUUUGGCUGGUCGUCUUCGCGUACCACGACUCUCGAGCUGCCUUGCAGGAGCCAAAGCACUUGGUGUCAAAUUUAAAGAAGCUGGUCAGUACGAGCCGCUGACCACGAGAUUACGUAACAUUCUUCAGCAGUACAAAGAAGGUGUAGCAAUUUUCAAGGAAAUCAUUCAAAACGCAGAUGACGCACGUGCUUCUAAAGUGUUUUUCGUUGUUGAUUGGAGGGAAAAUCCUCGGGAACAAUUGCUUACUGAAGAACUAGCUAAGUGCCAGGGACCAGCUCUUUGGGCGUUCAACGACGCCAUGUUCUCUGAGGCAGACUUUGAGAAUAUCAACAAGCUUGCUGGCGAGACGAAGAAGGACGAUUUGGACAAGGUUGGUCGUUUUGGUAUUGGCUUCAACUCCGUCUACCAUCUUACUGACGUCCCAAGUUUCGUUAGCGGUGAACACAUUGUGUUUUUUGACCCGAAUAUGAAUCACAUCUCCACAUUGAUGGACGGUAAGAUGAGAAAAGGGGGGAUUAUGUUAAAUUUGGUAGAAAACAAACAUGUCCUGACUGCUUUCCCCCACCAAUUCAUGCCUUACCAUCAGAUUUUUGGCUGUGACAUGAAGGGAACGGGGCCUUUCCACUUCGAAGGGACAUUGUUUCGACUUCCUUUUCGCACAGCCGAACAAGCAGAAGAGAGCGAAAUAUCGAAAGAACCUUACACGCGAGACAACGUCAAGAACCUUAUCAAGUCGUUAAAAGAAAGUGCUUCAAACCUGUUGCUUUUCACCCAAAAUGUAAACGAGGUUCGCCUUUUUGAGAUCCGGAAUUCUAAUCUAAAGACCUCUUUAGGACGAGCAAUAAUUAGCAUCAGAAAGUCUGUUGAGAAAACAUUGUACAAGAAUUUUCAAGGAUCGAUUUUGGAAAACUCAUCGAAAUGGUUGGUAAAUAUUCGACAGUCGGGGGUGAUGGCUGCAUCUGAGGUACCACGCUGUACUGUGUUAUUGAAGAUGAACAUAUCAAUGCUAAAAUCUCACCUGAGCGAAGUAUCAGAAGUUGUUAAAACAAGUGAAACAUGGCUUGUUAAUUCCUGCAUGGGUGGGGGAUCUUCUCUUCAGAAGGCGCAAAGUGCUGACGGUAAGAAGAACGCUGUUGUUCCCGUCACUGGGGUAGCUGCCAUGUUGACGCUUUCGAAUAUUCACGGCGUGAAAGUUUUUACCAUACCUGGUGAGGUAUUCUGCUUCAUGCCACUUCCUAUCUCUUCUGGGCUUCCUGUGCAUGUCAACGGCUCUUUUUCAGUUCAUUCGAACCGUCGUCGUUUAUGGGAAGAAGGAGUGGGUGAAGAUAAGUUCUUGAAACCAUUUGAAGCAGAGUGGAACGAAGCAAUAAUGGAAGAUUCCUUAGUUCAAACGUACCUUCAGCUGCUACAAGACAUUUCAUCUUACAAUACUAAGCAGUACGAGUUUCACACUCUUUGGCCUGACCCACCGCAAGUGAACUACCCCAAAGCGUGGAAACCUUUCCUUCAUUCAUUCUUCAACCAAAUAAUCGAUGGAGAGUGGACACUUUUUUAUUGUAAUAAAAGUUGGAGAAAGCUUCAAGAUUGCCUUAUUUUGGAUUCGCGACUUGACAAGGUUACCGAAUGCGUUGCAAUUAUGACUAUUCUCGGUGGAAAUAUUCUAUCACUUCCGCCUAACUUUAUCGAAGCUUUUAAAUCUCACGGAAAAGAAACUUUCAUGAGGAGUCGUAUGUUGACCGAAGAUCGGUUUCUCAGAGAAUUCUUUUUUCCAAAUGUUUCUGGGAUUCCAAAAGAACUUCGUAAUUCUGUUCUUCUUUACAUUCUGGAUCAACGACUAAGUAAAGAACGGAGCUACGAUGAACUGUUACAAACUAGUCCAAGUUUCCGCUGUUCUAAAGAUGGAACGGUGUUGCGAUGCGCAAAAGAACUUGUCCAUCCAAAGGGUAAAGCUGCCUGCUUGUUUGAUGAAGAAGAGAAGCGAUUUCCUUUAGACGAUCCCUUUUUAGAGAAAGGACGAGCAAUGAUGUUGGAAGAGCUAGGAAUGGCGAUUGAUUUAUUGCCGUGGAGCAGUUUGUGCGAGCGAGCUGAGUGGGUUUCCGAUCGUGGUGAUGCAGCAAAAGCAAGAUUACUUAUUCAAUACCUGAAUGAAAUGCCCCGGUCGUGUGAAAUUACAGACGAAGAAGCAAGGAUUCUACGAGCUGCAAAGUUUCUUCCAAUUUCGUCAAAACCCGAAAAAUAUCCUUUUCCUUGGAAGUUUGACGAAAUCUGUGAGACGAAGUUAGCUGCGGCCGAUAACCUUUACCCCCAUCGAUAUGGACAUCUUGUUGGUUCGUCCCACCUUAUCCUGGCUGAAGCGCCUAACAGUCCAACUGCACCAAAUGAGUCCCUGAAGAGAAUCCUUGGGUUUACCACAAAAAAACCUGAAUUGUCUGAUGUCAUAGCACAACUUGAUCGAGUCAUCGAGCAACGUAACCACAUAACCCGAGAAAUAAAGGAGUUCUUAUGUAGAAAAAUUUACGAGUUUUUUAGAAAGAUUGCAUGCACUAAGAAAUACAAAGAACAAAAAUCUUAUCUUCGAAAACAGCUGGAAUGCCGACCGUGGAUGCUCGUCAAAGGUGAAAUGGUGGAUCCAAAACUUGUUGCGUGUAACUGGAAAAACGAAGAUGGUGCGCCGUAUCUGUUCGCCUUGCCUACGGAGUACAGUAGAAAAUUUGAAGACUUACUUUCUUGGUAUGGAAUAAGGGAUACAUUUCGCUCGGAGGACUUCAUUGAAGCAAUUUUCAAGCUAAGAAAAGACUAUACUCGCAAAAGAGUGUCAGAUGAAACAAUACGUACCCUUAUUGUUUUUCUUGAAAAUGUAUUCAGUUCUCCUGAAACGAAACCUGAAUGUCCUUUACCCCUUCCAAGUGCUGACGGUAAGUUGUAUGACGCAGACGAGCUUGCGAUUAACGAAACGCCUUGGCUGGAAACUGAUGGCACGGAUAUCAAAAUUGUGCAUGAGAAAAUCCCCGUGAUGUUGGCUUACAAGUGUGGCGCAAAGGAUCUCAGGAACGCAGAUUUGGCUCGUUCCUCUGAACCUUUUGGUCAACCAUUUGGGCAACACGAAAGUCUAACUGAUCGUUUAAAGAAUAUUUUGAAGGUUUAUCCGGAAGACGAAGGAAUAUUAAAAGAGCUUUUGCAAAACGCAGACGAUGCUAAAGCCACUGAAAUUCAUUUCAUAUUUGAUCCUCGAACGCACGGUACUAAACACGUCUUCUCUGAGGGUUGGAAAGAGCUUCAAGGCCCAGCAAUUUGUGUCUACAAUAAUCAGCCAUUCUCCAAAGAGGAUAUCAAAGGUAUUCAGGAUCUCGGUAUCGGAAGCAAAGUAGGUGAUCCUGACAAAACAGGACAAUACGGUAUCGGAUUCAAUGCAGUUUACCAUCUCACAGAUUGCCCGUUCUUUAUUUCAAAUGAUGAAGUCAUAUGUGUUUUUGAUCCACAUGCAGCUUACGCUCCUGGUGCAAACGAAAGCAAACCAGGACGGUUGUUCAACAAGCUUGACCAAAAGUUUCGAAGAAAUUACUGUGACGUCUUCUCUUCUUUAUUGGAUGAUCUGUUUGAUACUACAGCUAGCACAAUGUUCCGUUUUCCUCUUCGUGGCCAUGCGAAACUCCAGCCCAACAUUUCCACCACCCAGUGGGAUGAAGAAAAAGCGAGACGUCUGUUCAAACGAUUCCGAGAAUCUGCCAAAAACAUGCUGCUGUUCCUGAACAAUAUUACCAAGAUCUCUAUUUCUGAGAUAAAAGGCGACAAGCUAGAAACUUACGCUGUGGAAUGCGUGGUUCCUGAUUGUAGCAAACGGACUGCAUUCUCUAAAAAGAUCAAAGAAUGUAGUAAAAUGCCAACUCAAGAAAUCCAGUUUCAGCCGACCCACUACGCUAUGGUAAUAUCAGAUACGGAAAACGUAAAAGAGGAUUGGUUGAUAACACAGAGCCUAGGAUAUACGGGAAUUGAAAGUGACUCAAAAGUACCUAAUGGUACCAAAAUUGGAUUGUUACCGCGAGCUGGAAUUGCAAUUUGCUUAACUUCAACCGUACCUAGAAGUUCUUUUUUCCGCUUUUCCCUAUUAUGCGUGCUUCCACUUCCAGUUAAUUCGAAUUUCCCCGUUCAUAUCAAUGGCCAUUUUGCACUCAACGAAUCGCGCCGUGUUUUGUGGUAUGAUAGUAACGGUUCGGACGAACGGCAUUUAUGGAAUAACUUUAUGAAACGUCAAGUCAUAGCUCCAGCUUAUGCCAAUGCAAUUUUUCAAGCGAGAAAGCACAUUCCCAGAUAUCAAGCUGAAUCCGAUACUUUAGGCACGUUUCCUUCCAAGAAAGAAGCUGAGGAUGGCCUCGUGUGGUAUCAUCAGUUGUUCCCUUCCAUUGAAAAUCUUGAUACCUCUUGGAAGCCCGUUGGAGAAGCGCUUUACAAACAUUUCCUGCCGAUGUUUCCUGUUUUGCCAGUCGCUUUGUCAGUUCCAGAAUGGAAGAGGAAACUACAGACAGACGCCUCUUCUGUAUCGAAAGAAGAGGAAGAUCAGACUCCUGUAAAAGUCACCUGGUGUAAAGUUAAUGAUGCAUACUUUUGCAUCUCGGGGAUGUCGUGGAGCCUCGAAAAGACGUUGCUGGAUAUCGGAUUUCAUCUUCUCUCGCACACUCCGUGGAGAGUUCACAAGAGUUUUAGCACGGUUGAAUGCAACCGCGAUGCGACCCGAGAUCGUGUUAGAGAGUUUCUUUCCAACCAUAGGGAGGUUAAGGGUGAUCUACCAAAGCACGUCAAGGACACCUUUCUUCGUGGUGUUGAAAAUGUUCGUGAAGUCACUAAGUAUUGCGCCAAAGAAGAUAAAUUCCUCGAAAAUCUCGAAGGCCUACCAUUGCUACUCACCCAAGAUGGGAUACUUCAUAGCUACCAUUGUGGUGACACAGUUUUCUGCAGCAAAUUUAGUAAACUGCUGCCCUUCAGACCUGAUCUCUUUCUUGAAAAUUCACUCCGAGCAUUUUAUUCAUCAGAUCUCAAAAAGUGCUCCAAUGUUAUGCAACAACUCACUAUACCAGACCUUGCUAGAUUUCAAACGACCCUUUUCCCGCCAACAUGGAUCGGCACCACUUCCCACCAACCAUGGAGCCCAAAUUCACAAGACAACGCCUUUCCAUCGAAAGAUUGGCUUGUAUUGCUCUGGAAUUUCAUCAAUUCUGUUUCCAAAAAAAUGGAAAAUGAUAAAGAAUACGAAAGUAAAUUGAGCAAUCUCCUAGAUGAAAUCGCUGGUUGGCAUAUAUUUCCAACGACGCACAAUUGCCUUGUUCCAGUUUCUAUGGGCAAAACAGUUCUCAAUGUCAGCACUUAUAUUAACAGCGAUACACUUCAAGACAAAACCAGAAGAAAUCUGUUGGUGAAACUGGGUUGUCCGCAGCUGAACCUUAAAAUAAUUGCGCCUUUAUCUUUCAAAUCGUCCGAAUCAGUCAAACCUACCGGAGCUACUGCAGUUUGUAAGAAAUACUUAGCAAUGAUUCAGUCAACGGAGGACGUCCUAGGACUGUUGCACCGCACUUUAAACGGCGUUGAAAAUGUUGAAACGAUACUUAAGGUUGACGAAAUCCAACAGCUUCUUAUGUUUUUGCAAAGUUGUUGUUCCCAGCUUUCUUCCUCCCUUCUGGUGGAACUUCCAUUUUAUCAAACCAUCAGUGAAACAUAUUCAAGGAUAUCUAAGUGCAACGGUGUUUACGAAGUACCAGACAACGUUCCUGUGGACGACCUUCAAGUCCUUGCUUCAGUUACAGACAGUAUUUUCUUGCUUUGUGUUCCAAAACUGGCCGAUCUUUACCGACACGUCGGGAUAAAGGAAAUUACACCAAUGGAUUUCUACCUGUUUACAGUUCUAAGGCACUUCGAGCAUUUAAGUCCUAGUGGACGAGUAAAUCAUUUAAAGUUUGUCAGAGACCAACUUCUACAUGAGCAUUGUGAAAGUUACGAGGAACUAUUGUCUUUAAUGAAGAAGCUGCCUUUUAUUUCGGAUCAUUUAGGCAAACUUCAUCCAGCAGACGAGUUCUAUGACCCUGAAAAUGAGAUAUUUCAGAAAUUCGUGCCGAGUGGAAAAUUUCCUCCAGAGCCGUUUGAUUCCGACAGAUGGAAAGAAUUUCUAGAGAAAGUUGGUCUCCAGUGCUCCGUGACUCAAGACCAUUUCAUGCAGUAUGCCUAUCAGUUGGAAAUGGAAGCUCGCGAUCAUCCUAAUGCAGAUCCGGCGAAAGAAAUCUUGAAAAAGUCAAGUUUUUUGGUCUCGCAUUUAUAUGAAAACCAAAGUUUGCACGAAUCGUCAUUUCUUUCUCAAAUUUCCAGGAUCGAGUUUGUUCCUGCUGCCAAGAUAAGGAAGUUGUAUCUCGACAUUUUUCCUGCACAUACAAAUUCGAUUCUUACACGUUUUAAAGGUUCGGUGGUUGAAUCCAAGGUAGCCCUUGUAUGGUCAAGUGCGUCAAUAAUUGCGGCAAAAGAAUAUAAUACUUAUGGAAGAAGAAAAUGGAUGAAAUCGCUUGGAAUACAUUUUAUACCUCCGUGUGACUUUGUUAUCUCACAUAUUAAAAACAUUUCUGGCCGUUUUUCACCUACUAAUAACAAAGAAAUUCCCGCGAAUUUGCGAGCAAACCUUGUUGAUGUGACAACAAAUAUAUACAGUUUUUUCAAAGAAUUGUGCAACGUGGAUUCUUCUCGUUGUUCGUGUGAAAACAUUGGAAGAGUGCUUCGUGAUGUUCCCGUGAUAAUGGUCGACCAACAUACAUUCGUUCGCGGCAAUCAGCUCGCGUUCAACGGAGUAGGGCGUUCUAUGAAUCCAUACAUGUUCAAAAUCCCUCGUUCUCUUCAACAAUUUGAGCACUUCUUAAAACGUCUUGGAGCUCAGGAAUAUCCGACGCCUCUUCAAUGCUCUUCCGUACUAGAAGCGAUCAAGAGAAGCUGUGGAAACAAAAACAUGCUCCCAGGGGAGAUUUCUUCAGCAGUCAGCGCAACGAAAAGUUUGUUCGUGGGUUUGAGCUAUGAUAGAAGACGCCUUGAAAAAUCGAGGGAUUCCACUUGCGGUGAAGAACAAUCUUUGGCAAACGUUCAUAAUCUUUAUCUCCCAACUGAAGACAAUUAUCUGAUGAGAUCUUGCGAGGUUUUUUUCAAUGACACUAUGGAGAGAAAAGAACGUUUAAAAGAUUAUCGGGAGGAGCUGCUCAUCGAUUUAACUAUGAGAGAUCAAGAAACUCCUGCAAAACUGGUCGAGCUUUUACCGAGCCAUUUGAAAGUUCAAAAGUUAAGUUCCAAACUAAAUGAAGAGUUGUGUCCGAGUUGCGCCGUUUGUAUUGCUGAUCAAGAUCCAAUGGAGCCGUCUUGUGAUUUCAUUAAUCGAUAUCGUGACAUCAUUUGUUCACACGAAUUAGAAGAGGCGUUGAUACGGUUGUAUAAGUUCCAAGAAAAAGUCGCCAUCGUUCCAAAGAAUGUGGAAAAUGAACUGCGAAGCCUUAAAAAUAGUGUCAAAGUUUCAUGCAUGAACCCACUUAAGGUACGCCUCGUUACGAGAGCAACCAAUGAACCAAUUCCAGACAGCGAGUCAGACGUUCUCUCUUUUUGUCAAGAAAAUGAGGAUGGGUUUUCCAUCCUUAUUAAGCACGGUGAAAAGAGUAAUCCAAGUGUAUUACACGAGAUGUUAAGCUCUUUUAUCUGCAGAGUUACAGUGCAGCAUAUCAGCAAGGAUAAUUGGCGUUUUCUAAUGAUGAUACUGGGUGUCAGAGACUCCAGUGAAAUAUCUAAGACGUUGGAUGAUGCUCGAGUGCCAACUAUCGACAGCAAUACCUUAGAACCAAGUGCGGGGGAUAGGAUCCCGGACAACGUGCAUGAUUUUUUGAAGAAUAAUAUAAAUUACCAUCUGCGGGAAGGCGAAUGGGUUGGAUAUGCAAUGCAGGAGGAGAGCGAGGAAGAUGAUGCAGUAUAUAUAUUUGCCAAGAUCGUUGAACAAACAAGCCAAGGCGAAGGGAAAUUUGCAUUCAACAGCAGAUACAGGAUUGAUAUUGGUGAGAAAGAGCCAAUUGAAGUUAGCAAAUUAAAGCUUUACAAGUUUGAUCGUGAAAGUAGAGAAGCCGUUGGAGAUGAAAGAGGUUCAAGAAAAGAGACUAUGGAUGUGGCCCACUAUGAAGGUGAUGGGACAGAAUUUGAUGUUUCUAGGCAGUCAACCACUACCGCUCAUGAGCCUGCUGUGCUUGAAGAUGCAAAAAAAGAGGUCGCCGAAGCACUGAAAGAAAUCUGGGAGAGUCUUGGAGUGUCCGACAGAACGAGUGCUGUAAGACGUCUGAUCCGACGAUGGCAUCCGGACAGAAAUCUGGGUCGUCAAUCAUUUGCUACCGAAGUAACGCAAUUUUUGCUCAACGAAGUCGAGCGUUUGGAAAGAGGCGGGGAGCCUGGCUACCAUCCUGACGAUGGCAAUUCGCACCAAUCUGCAAGAGAUCCAACCUGGAAUGGACCCGACUUCAGGGAAUAUUUCCGGGCACACGGGGAACGGACAAGACGUCGACGACAACCUCGCGACGAGAGAAGACACGCUCACGACGACGGUACCGAGCCGGCGAACAGCAAGAAAGCGGCACAAUGGAUGCGUCAAGCCGAGAAGGAUUUUGAUACAGCUAGUUACCUUUUCCGGAGCGACGAGGAAUCUUAUUACUCAUACACGUGUUUUCUGUGCCAGCAAGCGGCUGAGAAGGCACUGAAAGCUCUCAUGCUUGCGAAAGGUUUCCUGGAAAGGAGCGAUUUGGAUGGCCACGACGAUCUGGGUUUAGCAUAUCGAGCGUCGGAGAUUGAUCCCCGCCUUCGUGCUAUUCCGGAAAUGGUCGGAGUUAUGCAUGCACGGAGGUAUUAUAUCAAGACACGUUAUCCUUACUACACAAGAGAGGAAAAUCCCGGCGAUGACAGCAUUCCGUCCGAGUUGUUUUCUCGGGACGACGCUGAAGAGGCCCUGGCAAAAACACGAGAAAUUUUACAGCUUCUUCGAAAGGUCAUGGUUUAGAGUCGUGCAUUGACUGUGCGUCUGUGCCAUGGGGCUAGUUGUUUAAAACCUUAUUGGCGCUAUCAGGGAGUCAACCUAUUAACUUGAUAAAUAACUGUCAGAGAGUUUGCAAUAACCCAGCCUUUAAUACUGCUUUUUAUCUAGUGAUAUGAAUCGUAUUAACUGUUGUCAUGAACAGCUAACAAGUAAUUUUAAUAGAUGUAAAAAAGUCCGGACGGUAAUUUGUCUUUUAUUUUUUAUAAGGAUCUGUUCACACAAUCUCUAAUUUAUCGCAUUAUUAACCUUGUGCUCUCUCCUCUGCAGAUUUUUUUGUCGGGUUUGUAAAGGGUUUUAUGGUUUUACAAAAACCAUUGCGGAGGAGAGAUAACCUUGUGUAUAAUUUUAGCCUUAAUUAAAA